CGAGCUGUGGAAUAGCUUCUAAAGAGAGGCUGUAUCUACUCUAAAAGAGAUAACCCAGACUUAGAGACAAUUAACUUAAAAUUUGAGUUAGUGAUCAUAAAUAUAUCUCUUUCCCCCUAUCUUAUUGGUUAAUUUUCUGAUUCAUGGUCAUUAUUUGAAAAGCCACAGAAUUUCUUGCUCAAUAUCUAUCCUUACCAGUUUCCACAGGCUAUACUAGUAUAUAAGACUCAGCUGUUCCUUUCUCUGCAUGAUAUUGAAUUGACUUCAUCAGAGCACAGACCUUAGCUGCAGACAGUCCUCAUCGGCUUUCAGGCUGUCAUCAGUUUCACUAUGGAAUCUCUCAUUGCAGCAAACUCCAAAUUUUGCUUUGAUCUUUUUCAAGAGAUAAGCAAAAAUGAUGGUGCUAAGAACAUUUUCUUCUGUCCUCUGAGCCUCUCAGCUGCCCUUGGCAUGGUCCGUCUCGGGGCCAGAAGUGAGAGUGCACAUCAGAUCGACCGGGUACUCCACUUUGAUGAACUUUCCCAGGAGAAAACCAAAACACCCGAUCCCUGUCUGAAAUACAAAGAGCAGGAGGCACUGGCUGACAGCCCUCCGGAAGGGCAGAAAGGAGCGACCAAACCUCCGACUCCACAGGUGGAGUCUUCAAAGGAUGGGAAUGAACUUCUCAGUUGCUACUUUGGGCAGCUUCUCUCCAAACUAGAUAGGAUCAAAUCUGAUUACACCCUGAGUAUUGCUAACAGGCUUUAUGGAGAGCAGGAAUUUCCAAUCUGUCCGGAGUACUUAGAUGGUGUGAUUCAAUUUUAUCACACAACGAUUGAAAGUGUUGACUUCCGGAAAGAUACUGAAAAGUCCAGACAAAAGAUUAACUUCUGGGUUGAAUCUCAAUCCCAAGGUAAAAUUAAGGAACUCUUCAGCAAGAAUACCAUUAACAAUGGGACUGUCCUGGUGCUGGUGAAUGCUGUUUACUUCAAAGCCAAAUGGGAAAAAUACUUUGAAGUUGGAAACACAGUUGAUGCACCUUUCUCUUUAAGCGAGAAUGAGAAGAAGACUGUGAAGAUGAUGAAUCAAAAGGGUAUGUUUAAAAUGGGCUUCAUAGAGGAGGUGAAUGCACAGAUCCUUGAAAUGCCGUACACCAAGGGCAAGCUCAGCAUGUUCGUCCUCCUGCCGUCUCCCUCUGCAGAUAACCUAAAGGGCCUACAGGAGCUUGAAAGAAACAUCACUUAUGAAAAAAUAGUGGCCUGGAGCAGUCCAGAAUAUAUGUCAGAAAAAAGAGUAGCUGUCUCCUUUCCCCAAUUCACCCUGGAAGACAGCUAUGAUCUCAACUCUAUUCUCCAAGACAUGGGCAUCACGGAUGUCUUCGAUGGAAAGAAGGCUGAUCUUACUGGAAUCUCUCCAAAUCCCAACACAACAAAAACCAAACCAUUUUCUUCUAUGGCAGGGUCUGCUCUCCUUGAAAAGGGCACAGUGUCUAGUACCUGGGAGCUGGAAGAAAACAGCAAUGUAAUCUUCCCAUAGCAUAACGUGGGCAUUUUUUGCUAAUAUCUAAAGCCGAUGGAAUUUCAUCACAGUGUCAUGUCCCCUUCUUCCAGCUUUUGGUCUGGGCUUGUCAUGCUCUUUCUCUCAACCUGUAGUUGAUUUUGUCUAAGUCCCUUAGUAUUGAAGGACCCUUGCUCCCUCUCUCACCUCUCACCACCCUGAGUUUUCAAGCAUAUAAAAAAUUCAACAUCUGGACCUGAAGGUCAACAUCAUUGAGAAUGAAAUUGACUUUAAGUUACUUACUUCAUUUUGAGGGAAUCAUGAAAGUUCAAAUCACUAGACCACUUCUAGGAAAUGACAAACUCAGAAACCACUUUAAUAUGGGUGACAAGAGAAAAUGUUUAUAUGGAAUGUAUUUUGGAAACUCAGCUCUGUUUCUAUGGCAGUUAAAAUUUUGGUGCAGUGGGCAAGAUGCAUCUUCCUCUUCCAUCUUCUAUUGUCCAAAGAUGUCCUGUAAGGGGCUUCUCACUUAGGAGGAAACAGGGCUUGGGGGUGGAUUUCAGCGAGAGCUCAAAGUUGUAAAAGUAUUUCAACCAGCAUUCAUUUUGCACAGAGAAUUUGUCUUGUGAACUUGACAUUGACCCAGGAGAGUGGCAAGUGAAUUUAAAAGAGAUUAGUCUCAGUUUUCCUCAUUGAGUCUCUGAGGCCAUCAUCAUGAAGCACUGCCCUCUGUCUCUUCUGUACCCUCUUCCCUUCCUCAGAGAGCAUUCUCCUAAAUAGCCAUCAUGAGGUGGGGGAGGGGAGCGCUUUUCACUGUGGAAAGCUGGGCUCCUCAUCCCCCUCUCCAUACUCUGUUCACAUGAACUUAUUUGUCCUCUCAAAGGUCUCAGGCCUGGGCCUGGGCACGAUGCAUGUGGAAUCUCUUGUCAGGAAGGCCACUGGCUCCAUAUCCAGCUCCAAUCUACUGAAAGCCCAAUGCCUGUUUGACUACAGGACCCGGGACCUUUGUUCUCUGAUGUGUCAGUUUGAGUUAUUGAUCUCUGCCUUAGCUGAAUGCAUGUCAGAGUGCCUCAGUCUUUUUUCUGUGAGGUGAACUUCUGGUCUUGGUGUGGCCCCACUUCCCUGCCUUGCCUUAUAUCCAUCUUCUUCCCAGUUGCCACCAUGUUGGUUACGUGUGGUGGUAGCAGCUUUUGCAGGUGAAGGUAGGUUAACUGCACAUGCUUUCAUGCUGCCCCACCCACCCAAAUUUUCUUCCACACUGGCAAUUUCUUUGUGCUGUGAGAGUCAAGUUCCAUGUUUUUCAUGCAGGCUGCAGAGCUCUUGCAAGUUCUUUACCCAUAAUUCAUAUCCCAUGGAUCAAAUUUACCUCAGAUAAUCAAAUACUUAGUGUCUCCUGUGGUUCCUUUUGGGGCUGAUGAUCUUGAGGGCUGAUUCCACACUGACCUGCAUCACCAUUGGACACUGAGCUGGAUAAUCAUAACCUAUACAUAGGGUUGGAAUUAUCUGGCAUUGUUUACAUGCUUAUCUUCUUUGGUGAAAAAAUCUUCCUAUUUGUAUUGUGAUUUCUCAAAAUUUUAAUCCCAAGGGAAAAAUAUAUCUGUUUACAAAAAUGAGAAAGAGUGAGACUCUUAAAUCUUUCUGUAAAUCAGUAAAAGCAUUCUUUAUGCAACUUUGAUUAAAAUGUUUCUUCUGAAUGAAUAAAAGCCCUUUUGUCAUUAAAAUAUGUACAGUGUAUUA